ACGGAUUAACUACCGAAGCUUUCACUCUGAUUGGCGGGUUAUGAGGCUUUGGUCUGUCUCCAGCUGGAAUCGUGCACACACACUCACACGCCUCAUUCGAUACAUUUCGCCGUCAUACGAGCACUUACACGCCUUGCUGCUUGUCCAUGCUGUUCUAGGGUCUGCCUUGCUCGUGCGUUCCGGGGGUUGGAUUUCCUUAGUGUCGUCCACUCGUGAUUACUCAGCGGGGCUGACAGCUCGCCUGCCCUGUGGACCGUGGUGGCUCGUCAGCCAGCCUCAAAUCUAUGAUAUCGAGCUCUUCUCAUCGAACAGAUGUCUCCUCAACGUAGCAUCUUCAUCCCGGUGGUACUGCUGUGGUUAUCAGCUUGUGGAGUUCAUGCGCAACGAGCUAUUGCCAAAUGCUGGCUUUUUUCGCCUGUUGUUAAUGAAGCUUCAAUAAGAGCGGAGGUGUCCACAGUGAAUACAACGGAGCCGGGUACUAGUCGACAGUUAUGGAGCGUCACGUCACGGGUCACCUGGGACAGACCAGAAAGUCUUGGUUCCGAUGGAGCCUAUGCUGUAAGGGUACUUCGGAUGCCAUCCUUAGAGGAGCCCCAGUUUUGUUCGAUUGAAGAAAACGAAGUGCUUGUACGUACAGAGGAGCAUACCUUCACUGGCCUGGAUUUCGGUUUCCUGUAUGAAUUCACGGUGUUCGUUGUUAAUGGAACGAGUAUGGCCAAGUCACUUGUUGGGAUCUCCAAAGGAUUUGGAACUCCGGAUUGUUUCCAGGCCACAACAGACAGGGAAUUCUGCAGGACCGCCGAGGUCCAGUACGUCAGUGCGCCUAUCGAGCCUCGUCUUGAGUCUCAGUGUCGACAGGAAAACAGUGACUUCAUCACCGCCCGCUUGUCUUGGGAACCACCCAUCCAGGUCAAUGGGCAAAUCGCGACUUACAAGCUGCAGUACUCCGAGCCGAGAGCACCGCCUGGUACCCUGCCGGAGGUGAUAACGGCAAUGCCCUAUUCAACGUCACCUGACGGAAGAAUAAUCGCCGAGUUACGUAAUAUGACACGUGGUUCGUCCUACUCAGUGCUGAUUUCAGCAUUUAUCACAGACCCCGUCGAGGGCGGUUUUAACGAGGGCUUGCAAGUCGAGUUGAAAUUCCGCAUCACACGCCCUGGUGCGAAUGUUCCCAUCUGCCCCAAACCAGUACCGACCAUGCCCCCUCCACCAACAGCCCCUCCAAUGAUUACUGGUCCACCUCCCAAGAGGCCACCAAACGUAAACGUCCAGCAGCCGACCCCUGCCGAAAAACCCCCGAAACCAACCAACGGCCAAACCAACCGCCCACGACCAGGUCCAGGCCCUACACCGACCACUGUGUCUACCACAAAGGGCGAUGUACACGAGAAACCAGUAGCCUCCUCCAAGAAAGCUGGCAUUGCUAUAGCAGUCUGUCUGGUCUCCCUAGGAAUCAUCUGUGCCGUUGCUAUGGUGAUUGCACAUUUUGUACGAGGUAGGGCGACUCAGAAAGCCAGACCAGACACCAAAGGAGCCCAGAAAGGGAAGAAGACGACCACGCCCCCUGCUUAGCUGAUAAAGAAAGCUAGUAAAACCACUGGCAGGAAAUUUCCUAAUCGGAGGACCCAUUCAGCAAGAUAAAAACCUUUUGCCCAUCCUUAUGAUCAGGCAAAGUGUGCCUCUUGCUUCCCCAACCGGACGUUGGAAAGUCGCUUGCAAAAUGACCCCAAAAAUAAUUGUGGGAUUUAUAGAGGAAAUAUUUAUUCUUAUCUGCUAUAUGCAUUGACGUUGGACCUCUUUAUAAGAUUGAAUGAACAUCGAAAAAAAUAACGACUAAACUGAAUGUGCGCACAAGUCCACAGAGAAGAUCUAAUAGGACUGCGAGAUUUGAAUAUUUUUUACUCUUUAUAGUUCAUAAUCUCAGGUUAUUACAUUAAUGAGCUUUGAAGCCUGUAAUAAGCAUAUUACCCCGAUUCUAUCGGUUCAGAAAUUCAAAGGCAAGUCACUUAUGAAAAUGGUCAGUUAUGUCUUUUAAAAUCACUUUCAGGUUGAAAAUGAAAUGUGGGCUUGCUUGUCGACGGCCCAGGAUAAAACGUUUUAGCUCGAAUGUAUUUUGGAGAAAAUGUCAAUUUUCAAAAAAUGUGCAACUGUAUUUUACACAUGAAUUGAAAUGGAUAGAAGCCAAGCCGUUAAUGGCAUGUACACAGCUGAACAAUAACAUAUGCCAGUGAUUUCGAUUUGAAACGUCACGUUGAAAGAGAUGAAAACUGUAAGUCUUCAUAGUCACUUCGUUUCCCGUGCUCUCCAUCCGAUGACCUUUGACCCUGUUGGAAAUAAUUCAGCAUGACACCUAAUCGGAAGGCGUGGUUUUUUCUUCGCCACCUUUGGCGAUGAUUCAGGGCUAGGGGUAGAAAUACCAUCCUCCACUUUUUCGGACACAUUUGAAGGACAGUCUAGUAAUGCGACUCGUCAAAUGACAAAAGGAAAAUUGGUCAUGUUUAUCAUUUCAGGCGCGUGUGAAAUUAGUCAUGUCAAGUCAGGGGAAAUUUAUGGGCGUCGAGCAUGACACAUUUUGAUUACUCAUGUUCUAAGAUUUCACUUGAUUUAAAUUUUACAUGAGUGUCGCAAAACUUAGAGUAAUUCGCAUAAACUACGUGUGUGUUUCAGUGAAUGACAAAAAGCAAGCUCUGUUGGAAUAAAAAUGAAUGGGAUUUUUUUAUCGUAGCAUCGAAUGAAUAGGCUUAUGUGUCUUUGCAAAAGGCAAUGUAUUUGUUAAUAUUUUAAAAUUGGCGAUUUGAUGGAAUUUGAUGGAAUAACGCAAAUCAUACUUGUAAAAUCUUUACGUAAUUCGUAAUAGGUGUCACUUGUAGGUUGAAAGCGAGAUAAACCUAAAACUCUUUGUAAAUAAUCAUUGUCAAUAUUGAUUUUUAACAGUGGAUGAUGUAACAGUUUGGUGCGCUGAAAUUAAACAAUAUCGAAGGAAAACAAACUAAA